CUGGAGACCAUUUUCACAAGCUACUCCCACUCGAGUGAGGGGGAGAAUCGGAAUGGAAACUAGCGCAAGAGGGAUAUACGAGUGAAGAAAAGCAGAGGGUUGGGAGAGGAGGAGGUGGGUGACGCUGCACGAAGACAAGCCAGUUCCGGUUGCUACAGUAACACCUGUUUGAAGGACCAUCAAAACAAGUCUCUUCAAAUGUGAAUAAUAUGAAUUGAUUCUCAUGGAGACUCUCUCAAGCCUACACGAGACUACAGGCUUCUACGGUGUCUGGCUGAAGACACAAGGCAAGAUGGACAUGGAGGGCAGGCGGCGGUGCUGAGGAGUCUUUGCCGUCACAGUUGCAGCCGAAAGAGAGGGGACUAGGCAAGCUUGUGUGAAUGUUGGCAGAGUUAAGGAACGCGGCAGGAUGGCGUCCACGGGCACGCAGAUCUUCGCCUUCGUGCUGGCAUUGCUAGGCAUCCUAGGUGCCACGGUGGCCACGUUACUGCCUAACUGGAAGGUGAGCGCGGAUGUUGGCUCCAACAUCAUCACUGCCAUCUCGCAGAUGCAGGGGCUGUGGAUGGACUGCACCUGGUACAGCACAGGCAUGUUCAGCUGUACACUAAAAUACUCUGUUCUGGCACUGCCCGCAUACCUGCAGACGGCACGCACCACUAUGGUGCUUUCCUGCGUGUUGGCAGCACUGGGAUUGUGUUUGGCCUCUUUGGGUUUAAAGUGCACUCGCUGGGGUGGGGGACGGCGUGCUAAACGUCACGCUGCCAUGGCCGCCGGCACCUGCUUUCUGGCCUCUGGCUUUCUCUGCCUUGUCCCUGCCUCCUGGUACACAAAUGAGGUUAUUGUCAGUUUCCUAGACGCCAAUGUGCCUGAAAGCAACAAGUUCGAGCCGGGCGGUGCCGUCUACGUAGCCUUCGUCUCGUCUGGUUUCCUUCUCGUGGGUGGAUCCAUUUUCUGUCUGUCCUGCUCGGGUAAGCGACACGGCCCACAGGAUUUGAUACUUCUCCCUCCUGACAAACUCCUCCUGCAGCAGCAGCAGCAACUGCUGCAACAACAGCAGCAACAGGACCAGCUCCAGCACCAGUACUGUUCUCUCUCACCGCUGGAUAACAAGACUGGCUACAGCUUGCAGGACUACGUAUAGGCGACUGAUAGUUCUGGAGCAAGACAAGUGCAAUGCACUGCCACUCGACCUCUUGGCGCUCGUGAUUACAACAUGAAAAAGCGAGAGGGACCACAACUUUGAAGCAUUUCCCUUAUCAUUUCCGUCUCUCCCCUUUUUAAGAUCAGCAAGCACAAAACGGUGGAAGUAUUCCCUUAAGCGACGUCUACGAACAGACGGAUCGUGAAUACUGAGGGGCGAGUGGCAGCAACACUGCAGUAGCGACAGCUCAAGCAGUGUGAAAGACUGAGCAAGAUGAUAAAUAAAUGCACAUAGCCAGCAUCCUAGUAAAUCUUAUUAAAGUGUUCCUCUGGGAACGGAUUAGCAACAAGGGAAUGUUUCUGCUACUUCAAAUCCCACCCCUCUUCCCAAAGAUCUGAACUCGGAAGCAAUCGUUUAGCUGCUAACAAUCGUAACCUCUGUUUAAAGGAAGAUGGCAAUAUGUCUCUUAGAGGCAACAGUAUGGGAGAGCCCUUGUUUGGGAGAUUCUUUGCUUUUCUAUUCUAUUUGAGUAAUGGUUGUUAAUGAAAUCUCUUGUCUUAUUUUGGUAGCGGAUAGAAUGAUUGAUAUUCUGCCUAAGCAUGCUUUCUGGAGCCUGUGCAUAAUGCAGUGGAAUGCCUGAUGUAGACUGAAUUGUAGCCAUAUAGCCCGUGCCUAAAGAGCUGUAGUACACAAACCGCUGAAACUGUUUGGAGAGAAGUAGGAGGAGAGAGUGAAUAGGGGUUGCUGGGCCAGGCAUGUAUGGGAAAUCCAUAUCGAGGCUGAGGACGAUGUAAUGUUGUGCUGUUUGCCCCAGACAAAAGCAAGCUGCCUUGAGCUCAGGGCAUGCUGUUUGCCGCUAUAUCACGCGCACACUCAUCGUGCUGCAUGUGUGCUUUUUACUCA